AUUGAAACCAAAUCAACAGCUGACCACGUAAAAAUAGUUGUAAGUGUUGCGGAAUCGUUGCAAGCUAUUUGCAAAAAGUAACAUAAUAAUAGAAGUUAAAAUAAAAUAAUCGUUAUAAAUAAUGCCAUAACAAUGACCUUAAUCGAAACAUAUCGUUCAUGUUGGCUUAUAGCAACAUUCGGGUUAAUACUAUUUAUUGGAGGAGCUGGUGUACUAUUUUGGAAUGAGGGAAGAGCGGUUCAUACUAUUAUGUCGUUGGACGAGGCCUUGGAUGAUGCUGUAACACUGGACGCCACAGCUGAUGAUAUCGAACCCAUUUACAAUGAUCGUAUUGUGCAUAUCUCUGGACCAAUUAUAGUGGGGGAACCAUUAACCGAACCGGAUUAUAAUAUACAGGUGUUGGCGGUCAAGUUGAGAAGACGCGUGCAAAUGUAUCAGUGGGUCGAGGAAACAGUUGAACACAAUUAUGGUGAAAGUGUUGCCUCGGUUCAUACCGAGGAUCGUACUUAUUAUUAUACCCGUGAUUGGCGCGAUACAGUCAUAGAUUCUCGUUCAUUUUACAUACAAACCGGCCAUCAAAAUCCUAAACAAUUCCCCAUCGAAUCGGAAACUCAAGUAGCAGAUGCUGUUUAUAUUGGACGCUUUGAGUUGGGAAAUAGCAUUAAAAAUAAAUUUAAUAAUUUUGUAGAAUUAACCUCAGAUACUCGUCCAGAGGAUCCUACUAUAAAAUUGCAUUUAGGAUUAUAUUAUCAUUCGAAUGAUAUAUUUAAUCCAGAAAUUGGUGAUAUACGUAUCUUAUUCUCAUUUGCUGGUAUGGAAGGAGAAAUGUUUACUAUUGUUGGAAAAUUGGUGAAGAAUAAAAUAGAACCCUACCGAACAAGUCGAGGAGUUGAUAUUCUAUUAGUAUAUCCAGGAGAAUGGUCUUUAACGGAAGUAUUUAAAAAGGAACAUCAUGCACAACGCUUAACAACCUGGGGUUUCCGUUUUAUGGGUUGGGUUUUAGUAUUUUUUGGUGUUACUUGCACUUCUACUUUAUUGCAUGUUAUUUUAUCCCGCAUACAAUUCCUUUCCUCUCUUGCUCCAGAUCCACGUUUUCCAGUCGGCACGAAUGUUUUAUUCUCACUAUCAAUGGCUCUUGUCAUAGCUGCUGUGGCUUGGAUUUUACAUCGACCUAUGGUUGGUGCCGGUCUUAUGUUUGCAGCUGCCUCUCCCUUCGUAUGGUUUGCCAGAGGUUUUACAAAUUACCAAAGGGUUAACGGAAACUAAAAUUUAAAUUAUUGCAAAUAAAUUUAAUAUACUCAUUUUAUUUAUUAGUUCCUUUAUCACCUACAAACAGAUGUAAUCUGAAAUUAGUUAUUUUUUAUAUUAUUUCAAAAUUAAUUGUUUGUUAAUGAGUAGGAUAUGUAUGUUUGUUCAUGAUUUUUUAUACUAACGAUUAGAUCUCUUCCACAAUUACAAAAUAUUAGUUUCAGAG